GCAGCUCAAAAGCGCACAACUCUUCCUCCUUCAAGAGUUUCUUGAAAUCCCGGACCCAAAAACCUCACAGAAACCCUAAAAGGAGAGUUUGUAAUCAGAUGUCGGACCCAAACGAUACGGAUUCCGACGCCCCCGAAGAGUUCACCGCCGAGCAGGGAAUACAGCAGGAUGAAGAGAUUAGAAAAGUUCAAAAAGAAAGUAGCGCUAGGGUUGUCCGUGAAGGUAAAGAACGUCGUAGACAGUGGGCCGAAAAGAAAACACCACGCGCAUCUAAAAAAAGCGAAACUGUCGAAGAUGUAGCAGAAACCCCUAGACACAAUGAUCAAGUUAGCAAGUUGGGAAUGCUUCCCAGUAAUCUUGUCCAACUGCUUGCCGAGCGUGAGAAACAAGUUUUCUCAUCAGACCCAGGCGACGAAAAGCCUGCAGCUAAAUCAAAAACAAAGAGGAAGAAAAGCAAAAGCUCUGGGAUUGAAACGGUUCUUUUAAACGAGAGAGCACCAUCUCAAUGCUUACAGAACUCAUUGGAAUUUUUGAAGAAAAGGAAGAUGAAUAUUCCAAGGUCAUCAUCGGUUCUCGACAAUUCUAACCAAGCGUUACGCCUUCUUUCUUCAUCGGGCCUUUUAACUAAGAAAUAGCAUUUUUUCUUGUUUGUUUCUAAAGCGAUUAUUGGGUUUCUGUCAGCUUCAACAGGAUAAUGUACAAUGUAUUUGAGAUUUUAAGUUCAAGACUGAUGCAACAUGGAGAGUAAAAAAGUUCAUUGAUUUCUUAUA